AUGACACGCUUAUAUUGUAAGUGCGCAAUGGCAUUACACAAUUGCGUUAUUUCCACUCGGAGAGCAAGUUGUGGUAGUAUGGAAAGUACAGAAUACGGAGAUAUACUGUGUUGUAAUACUGUACUGCCAUGGUCAGAAAUGACUGAUGAUGCUUAUUAGCAUACUUUAUCGCUUGUGAGAAUCAGUGCAACGGCGUGUGCCCCUGUGUGCGAGAGUGUGUGCGCGUGUCUGUGUGUGUGUGUGUGUGUGUGAGAGAGAGAGAGAGAGAGAGAGAGAGAGAGAGAGAGAGAGAGAGAGAGAGAGAGAGAGAGAGAGAGAGAGAGAGAGAGAGAGAGAGAGAGAGAGAGAGAGAGAGGCCGUCGCCACUGCUCUAAUACGCAUCGUUGCACGCCGCCGCUCUCAGAGAGGAAGCGAAGAGAGGAAUAGCGCGUGUUUCAGCCAUCAAGACUGCUGCCAUCUGUUUCAGGCUUUCCUUCGUCAGUAUGGACACUUCGGUAUUUCGGAAAAACACUGCUAAAGGACCGAAAUAUGGGUUAAAGAGGAAAGACCAGUAGAUCAGCACCUGGUUGGCUGACGCGUCACAUGUCCUUCUGCGAGAGUUUGGACAGAGAAGGAAAUGGCACAGGGAUCUUCAGCAGUAGACUCUGCUACCUGGUAGCCUGCUUCCUGUCCCCAUCUUCCUGCAGCUCUGACCUCCGAUGAUCUGUCCUGAUCCCUGACGCUGGGUUAAUAAGAAGCCUGGGGCUUCCUCUGGGGAAAGGUCAGGAACCAGCCAUGAAAAACGGGGAGGACAAAUGAGGAGCCUUGGAGCCACACCCACCAUGUCACAGCACAAGGGUCCUGGGCUUGACUAUUUCUCAAAGGCCUCCCAAACAUCUGAACAAGGAAAUGUUUGAGCUCAUUGCAGGUCCUCGCCGGCGUCCUUGUGUCUGUACAGUUCAGACGAGUGCCUGUGUGUUCAUUGCCAAACCCGCCACAUAUAUCUUAAUGUAUAUGGCUUGAGUUGGAAUACAGUGAUGUUGAACGCACACUGGCAAAGAUGAGCUUUUGGAACUUGCUAUAAGGGGCUCUGAAAGAUAUACGAGUAAAGCUAAUAAAUGGACAAAACAAUGUGCAACAUCUCUUUCUGCAAAGUGGACUCCAAUAUAGACCAUCUGUUCCAGCCAACCUUGUACAUCAUCGUGAUUGUCUUGGGUCUACCUACCAACUGCAUGGCGCUGUGGGCUGCCUACAUGCAGGUCAAGCAGAAGAACGAACUGGGGAUCUACCUGAUCAACCUCUCGGUCGCCGACCUCCUCUACAUUGCCACACUGCCCCUGUGGAUCGACUACUUCCUCCACCAUGACAACUGGAUCCACGGACAGGAGUCCUGCAAGCUCUUCGGCUUCAUCUUCUACACCAACAUCUACAUCAGCAUCGCCUUCCUCUGCUGCAUCUCUGUGGACCGCUACCUGGCCGUGGCCCACCCGCUCAAGUUCGCCAAGAUCCGGCGGGUCAAGACGGCCGUGCUGGUCAGCGCGGUGGUCUGGGUCAUCGAGAUCGUGGCCAACUCGGCGCCCCUCUUCCACAACGAGCUCUUCAAGGACCGCUUCAACCACACCUUCUGCUUCGAGAAGUACCCCAUGCAGGAGUGGGUGGCGGGAAUGAACCUGUACCGCAUCUUCCUGGGGUUCCUCUUCCCCUGGGUGCUCAUGAUCUUCUCCUACCGGGGCAUCCUGCGGGCCAUCCGGGGCAACAUCUCCACGGAGAAGGAGGAGAAGGCCAAGAUCAAGCGGCUGGCGCUCAGCCUGAUCAUGAUCGUGCUCUUCUGCUUCGCGCCGUACCACGUGCUCCUGCUGUCGCGCAGCGUCUUCUUCCUCGUCCGGCCCUGCGACUGCCGCUUCGAGGAGGACCUGUUCACCGCCUACCACGUCUCGCUGGCCCUCACCAGCCUCAACUGCGUGGCCGACCCCAUCCUCUACUGCUUCGUCAACGAGGGCGCGCGCAACGACGUCACCCGGGCCCUGGCGGCCCUGAUGAGCGCCAUCAGCCGCAGCCCGCCGCCCGAGCCGCUGGCCGCCAGCUCCGUCACCGUGGAGACGCCGCUCUCCACCAAGAAGCCCAGCUUUUACGAGGCCAAGCCCAGUGCGUAUAAGACUGAACUAGUGGCCCUGCGCGAGGAGUGCCUUCAGAUGACCAUACUCAGCGUUAAGAAAUGAGCGGCCUUCAACCCCAAACACGCGUCACCACCGUUCCAUUUCCCCCAGCCUUUUUCUCUUCCACUUUGCUUUGAUCCUGUGAGAACUCUGCUGCGUAUCAGGGUUAAUGGUCCCUAACAGUCUUGUGACCAUUUAGUGUACCAUUAAAAUUUUAACCUUUUUCCAGGACAGUAAAACUGUACAUGUCUGAAUGAGCUUUUGAUUCUGAGCAGUAAUGAGUUUCACCUAGAAAGUUGUUGAAAUGACAGCGACACAAGGCCUUAUUUCAUAGUUCCUUUGAGUGAAUCAGUGGCGUGCUGUUGGAAUGAGGAAGGACUUCCUGUUGUGUAUUGGUGGCUGUAAUGCUCUUCACAUUUUAAACCACUGAAAAUGAUUUGUUUAUCAGAAAUCAGAAGUGCAGCGAUGCUGGUACUUUGGUUGUGUGAAGCGUUUUUUGGGAGAGCGUGAAAUGAUGAUAGCAUUGCGUGUUAUCGCUGCAGGCUGUGCAGCACCACUCAGAGUGAUUUAUCCCCAGGCCAGGAGCGCUAGCUGACCUUUAGACGCCUGACCUGGCCGUGGGAGGGAAGGGCACAUAACUGAGUCUCAGCUCCUUUCAUCUGACACGUUUACAGUUUCUCUUUAGAUACCCUACAAUGCCUUUUAACAGAUCCGAAAUCAUGAAUGUCUUUGGUUUUCCAGGGAUUAUAAAAGCACAGAUCAUAUCACAGGCAAUCACUGUUAAAGCGAUGUAAUGGACAAAUAAAUUAUCAUUCCUGUCA